AUGCUUCGCAAGACCGCGGCCCGCUGCCUCGUGGCUGGAUUUGUUCCUGCUUUCCAUCGGACCUGUCGCCCAACGCCAGCUGCAUCUGAGCUUUUGUUCAAUUUUUACGUUCAGGGUCUUCUUUGGGUUGCUGCCUUUGCUGCUCCGGGCCAUGUCCUGCGCCCGUGCCAUGCCGCUGACGAAAAGCGGUCGAAAGCUCGUUCUGCUGUCGUGUUGGCUGGGGGCAGGCAGGUCGAGCCUGUUACGCAGAAGCGGCGCAACAAGCUACUGCAGGUCAUCGAUGCUGUUGCCAGCAAGGAGCCGGCUCUGAGGAGGUCCUUCUUUCGACCAUCACAUCGGCAGCUCUGGGGAUGGCCGCGUUUUGAAUGCACGCUGGCUCUGACAUGGGGUGCCGUGAUGAGGGAAAAGUGGCGGGAGGCGAAAAACUUGUGGCAUGCUAACGGGACGGCUGCAUACGCAAGUGCAAACAGUCGAUGGGUGCAGGUGGUCGGACAUGCUAGCACAAAGGUGGACAUUGCAUGGCUUCGGCGGGGCAGUGAAGGAGCGGGCGAGGAAGACGAAUAUCUCUCGUCGACAGGAAGUGAUGAGCUGCAGUUCACACGUUUGCCAGCCAUAGCUGUCACCCUGGCUGCCAAUCGGCCAGAGCGUGCAGGUGAAGGGAAGGUGGCUCGCUGGUUGGAGCAGCUGGGCCGAGCGGAGGAAUGCAGCCGCCAUUUUCGCAAUUUACGAAAAGUGUGCAACCAUCUCUCGCAGAGCAGCACUCCUCGCCGAGACCCUUUGGAGGGAAUGGCACAGCAACUCGCGGCCAUGAGGAUGGAAAGUGAAGCCCGCAUGACUGCUCUGUCCAGUGCUGCUGAAGCAAGGGCCACUGCCGGUGGUGGUCUCAGCCAACAGCUCACAAGCAGCUCCGAAGGCUUUCAGGCCGAGAUCGCCUCCAUGCAGCAAGAGCAGCAGGCCCUGGAGGCCCGCUUGAAGGAGCUGAGGAAGCAGCGAGAGGACCUGGCAAACCAGUUGAAGGUGGUGGAUGAACAGAUCGACGUGGCCUUGGCAGCGCAGCGUGCCUCUGCAGAACGCGAGCGCCAGGUCAAGGCCAGUGCACAGCGUGUGGCGGGCGAGCUACAGAGAGAGCUCUCCAUCGAGGAGGUGGAAGCCCGCAAGGUGGGUGAUAGACAGCGAUUGCUCCUUGAGGCCGGAGCGGCCUCGCGCGACAUCGAGGAACUGUUGGCAACCCGGGCAGAAGCAACUGCCGCCCGAUUUGCAGCUCACGAUUACCUGGCCGAGCAGCAGCCCAAAGCGGCGGAGAUGUGCCUGCAGUCCGAGAAGGAGCGAGGUCGUGCGCUGGAGGAACUGCUUGCUGGCUGGCACGCAGAAGUCUGGGGACCAGACGCGAAGGAGCUGGCGAAAGACGCGCAGAUGGUCAUGAAGCUCAAGUCGCUGCAUGCGCGAGCGGCAGCCGCCUUGCACCAGGCGUGGAAAGAAACCGUGCAGCUGGCAGCAGAAAGUCUCGGUGACGGCUCGGCGUUGGGCGAAGCAUCGCAGGACAUCAGCCGCGCUGCUGAACGAUACAAGGAGCUUCAGAAAGAGGUAAAGAGCAACGUGGACAGGAUGGCCUCAUGGAUCGAGGCAGAUGCUAGGGAAUUGUGCCGCUGUCUCGGCGUACGUUGA